AUGGGUGACCAGCUUUUCUACAACAUUGACCCAGAAGGGGAUCUGCUGAUUAUCCUCCAGGCAGGAAAUCGAGGUGAUUUCGCCUCUUGGGUCGCUAAUCAUACGCCACCCAAACCAAGCAGCCCAAGAGAAACAGCAGCGUCUCCAAACGGCCAACAACACCAUGCAGCGUCCCCUGCAGUUGACAAGACUUCCGUCCGUCAGCCUCAACUCAUGACUCCAGAUCCUGUGCCCUUUAUCGAGGAGCCAGAAGAGAUCAAAUUCCGCGUCUCAUCCAAAGUGCUAUCGAUGUGCUCGUCCUACUUCAAACUCAUGUUUGCGGGUCCAUGGAUGGAGGCAAUGUCGAUCCACGCCGACGGCCUAUACCACGUCCAUUUCCAGGGCUUCGACCGAUGGGCAAUGCUCAUAGUCUUGAAUGCCCUGCACCUUCGCCACCAUGAGCUUCCUAAACUCCCAACGGUUGACACCAUUGCCAUGGUUUGCGUCAUCGUGGAUUACUUGCAGUGCCACAACGCGCUCUGCUUCAUCUGUGAGCGGUGGUUUCAGAGGGUACACAACGAGUUUGUCCAGCCCAAGACAUAUGACCGAAGUCUUGUUAUCUGGGCUUUCAUCGCCUCUGUCUUUCCGGGAACGUCUCUCAUCUACAAGCACUUACGCCGGGUUGCUGUUCUCACAAGCCGUGGGCCAUUUCAAACCCUUGGGCUUCCAAUGGCAGAACACAAAGUUGAUGAGAUUGACAAAUAUCGAAACGACACUAUUGGAAAGAUGAUAUCCACCAUUUACGAUCUUGUAAACAGGCUGCUCAACACCAAUGGUCUUUGCUCGUUUGAGUGCGGCUCGAUGCUCCUCGGAACGUUGAUGAGGACCCUCGGCGACAAUGGCAUGACGCAAGUACGACCCCAGGAGCCGUACUACGGCAUCUCCGUUCAGGGGAUUAUUUGUGCGGUUGAAGAAGCGGUUGCGCCGUGGAAAGACGCUGUAGCAGCUCCGGCAAGGGAGCAUGCUGGAGGCGUGGUGUGCUAUCUUCGAGGCAUAAGUGCGACCUGGGAGGAUCUUCAACUGUACUCUUGCAACGUGCAGGUGCUUAUGCGCGACAUGGAGAUGUAUAGUUCUCAACUGGAGGAGUUGUUGCAGCAGUGA